AAAUAGGUCAUGUCGAACAAAUAAUUAUAAUAUAUACAAGAGUGCAAGUAGUUGUGAUCACGUUAGAGCAGUUUGUAGUUAUAAUUCUAUGUUAUUUUAACCGAACAGAAGAUGAAUAUUGUAAUAUGUGGUUUGGUUUUAAUAACCUAUAUAGUAAACUGUGUGGCAGCAGAACAAAGGACUGUUGAUUCUAAUGUAGGUAAGAUAACGGGUGAUAUUCGUACAGUAAAAAUUGGUCCUAAUACAGCUGAUAUAACCACCUUUCUGGGGAUACCGUAUGCUGAACCUCCCGUAGGAAAUCUGAGAUUUAGAAAACCUGCGAAGAAGGCGAAAUUUGACAACAUGUUUGCUGCUUCAGAAUUUGGUGCUUCUUGUCCCCAGUUCCACUUAAUGUACACUCCGGAGAAAAUGGACGAAGAUUGUUUAUUUCUAAAUAUUUAUACCCCUGAUAUAACUGGAAGUGACACCAAAUAUCCGGUAAUGAUUUUUAUUCAUGGUGGUGGUUUCAUUCUUGGAGACGGCAAAGCGAUGAAUGUGGAGAAAUUGGCCGCAUAUGGACAAUUAGUGACAGUCAGUAUCAACUACCGUUUAGGACCUCUUGGUUUCCUCGACACUGGUGAUGAUGCUGUGGAUACCAAUAAUGGUCUGAGAGAUCAGCAUCUGGCUAUUAAAUGGGUGAAAGACAAUAUUGAAAUUUUUGGCGGUGAUCCUACAUCAAUUACAAUAUUUGGAGAGUCAGCUGGCAGUGCCUCGGUGAUAUAUCAAACUAUUUAUCCAGAAAACGAAGGACUAUUUCAAAGAGCGAUCGCAGAAAGUGGUUCAGCCAAUUCCUUCUGGUCAGUUACUCCUGAUCCUCGUAAGAUUGCCAAACUGUUAGCCGAGAAACUUGACUGCCCCGAAACAUCGUCUUCUAAAGCAAUUGUUCAAUGUCUUCGAGAUUUCAAGAAUACUACACAUAUUGCCGUUGCCUCAAACGUAACGGUAGGUGGAUUACUGUGUUGGAGUCCAUCUGUGGAUGGUGAUUUUGUCAUUAAGAAUAGAAUAGAUGCCCUUGGUAAUACAUCUACUCAAACAAAUUUAAUUCCUUUUAAAAAUCUGGACCUCUUGAUGGGAACUACUGAUUACGAUGGUUUGAUAUUUCUAACAUUUGGUGAAGUGACUGCACAUUUCACAGAACUACAAAGUGCAUCCACUGUUGACGAAAUUCAAGAAGCUAACUACAAUAUUAUAUCAUUGGUAUUAAAUUAUGCUUUCGGUAAAGACUUAGCAUCAGAACUUUUGGACUCCGUUCUUUUUCUGUACACAAACUAUGAGGACCCAUCAGAUAAAGAUCUGCACAAGAAACAGGCUUCAGACUUUGCAACAGACGUUGGUUUCUUUGUGUCCACAGCUACAUCACUUGAGAAACACGCUUACCAGAACACAGGCUCUAAGACUUACCAAUACGAGUUCUGUGAUCGCCACGACUUUCAGUUCAAAGCACCGUGGAUAAAAGGGGCAAUGCAUGUCGAUGAACUACUCUACGUUUUAGGUUUGCACGAAGAUCUUAGGCCUUUUAUCGAGAUUACAGAAGAACAGACCACUGCUAAAUGGCCAUUUGCAACACGGAUAAUGGAUUAUUGGACAAAUUUUGCUAAAACCGGGGAUCCCAAUUCACCACGUAAACCAGCCGUACAAUGGCGGGAGUAUACCAGCUCAGAUAAAAGCUACCUGUAUAUAACUUCAGAAGAUACAGCCAACAGAAAACAUCUAAAUGCUCGACGAACAGCAUUCUGGACCAGUUAUGUUCCAAAGCUGAUCAAGAAAGCAGGUGGUGAUCACUGGUCUCAUAAAAACUAAGUACUGGGCAGAAAAGAUUUCCAGGAACACUGUUCAUUUGUUUUUAUACGCCCAUUAUUUUCAUGUAGACGUUCAUGUCUGGUCAUUCGUUCACAUUUGUUUGGGGGCAAAUCACAGUUUUUAUUCGAUUGUGACGAAACUUCAAUUGUAAAUAUUUAUAUCUCAACGAUCCCUGAUAUGUUCUAUUUUGGAACAUGUUGGACAGUAACUGCAUAGAUUUAUGUUCGAGAUUCUAUGAAAAUCACUUAAAUAGCUUGCAGGCCCUCCAGAUGCCACAACUGUUGCCUUAUUCAGAUGAAAUUUCAAAUAUAUGGUAAGAAUCAAUACUUCUUGGAUUAUGGCCCCCGCCUUUUACGCCAAAUGUAAAAGUAAUACCCCAGUUUCCGCCACCUACGGUUCGGAAGUUACAGUCCCAUUGGUCGAAAACUUGUCAACAAACGGUUUCAAAUUCGGUGCGAAGCAUUGGGAUCACAAGAAUACGAACGCUAUUGAUAUUCAGCGUUUCGCAACCUUCCAUUCCGGAUUCACAGACCACCCCUCCCAUUUGCCGAAAAGCAAUAGAGGCUACUGUUUUUAACGGAUUUAUUUCGAAUGUGAUAUUCAGCGUUCCUUGACCUACCGUUCCAUUCCUCGCCCCUUUCCGAAAACUUUGAGAUUGCGACCGAAGCUACAGUUUCUAACGGAUUUGUUUUUACCAUAUUCGAUGUGAAGCAUUGGGACAAUAAGAGGAUGGGCCUUAUCGAUGUUUCCCCGUUUCUUCAUUACUUUGUUUUGCAUUAAAUAUUGGCUAUUUUGUUUCUGAUGUCAAACUUAUUAAUCUAUGUGCACUGACAAACUAUUAAAACUGUAUUUGAGAGAACUGUAAUUAGUCAUACACUUAAAAACAUUGAAUAAAAAUAUUGAUUAAAUCAUAUAUGUAACUUUUCAAACGAAUAUUUUAUAGAUGGGUUAAACUAAACCCUUCCAGUGGACACGCGAUACAAUUCCAUUUAUUCCAUGGAUUAACGGAAAGGUCCGAUGAAAAUAUUUGGGCCUAUUUAUCUCGCAGAUCUCCUAAAUAUUUCGCUGAACCGUAGGGUUUCAGGGAACACACUUAGGGCACCGCUGAUAGAACCAUCACUUAUCUAACAUGUACAUCAGACUAUCCCUAUUCAAAAGAUGUUUAUACCUCAAAGAGAGAAAAAUUGGGGUUUAACGCCCACUCGCUACAAGUCAUGUCAUUUCGGGACUAACAUGGUUCAAUUUUAUUUCAAUAAUUCGCCUACGCGUAGGGGUCUUUAGCAUAUUGAGGAAACCGGAGAAAACCCACGAGGAUGGACAGGCAACGUACAAGAUGGGAAUCGAAACCACGCCACCAAACCCUCUUUCUAUACUUAGGAAAGUGUUAGUUAAUUUACAAUACUCUAUACUUUAUCGAAUCCGUUUUUAAAAAAAACUUUGCCCAUGAAACCCCAUAGUGUAUAACAGUGAAGAAAAAUAUUCUUAUAAAAACAUAAUAAGGCGAUUCCUGCCCAUCUGUAAGCCAAUAAAUAAUAAAUUUCAAAGACAUUUUAGAGAAAUGGCUACACGUUUACCAAAACACAAGUAAAGUAUCACUAGCUAGUACGU